AUGAAUAAAUCUAAGGACAAUGAUCAGACAUUCGUAAUCAAAAUAUUGGACGAUUUACGUUCGAAUAACCGGUCAAAGUCUAUGCAGAUGCACUACGAUACAAGCAUGGGUUUAACAUCUAAUGAUUCAUUGUUAUUGUCAAAUAAACGACGACGGUCAUGCAGUCCUGAUUUGCAAGAAUCUAUCCUUACACCAGUGACUUCACCAUGGGAAUCACGUCAUAUAAAACAAGAAUUAAUUAAUGCCCGUGCUGAAAUAGCUUCUCUACAAGAAAGAAAUAAAAAUCUUUUCAACCUUAAAAGAGAAUCUGAUCUUAUAUUUGAAAAGGAAAAAUCUGCAUUAGAAUUCAAUGUCAAUAAAGCAAAAUUAACGAUUGACCAGUUAGAUACUAAAUUAAAAGAAGUCCGAAGUGAAAAAUUAAAUUUAAAGGAAGAAAAUGAUAAUUUAUUGAAAAAAAUUGAGUCUAUCGUGGAAGAUAAUCAACAUAGAAUAUCAAGCCUUGAUAAAGAAAAUAAAAAUCUUGAAGAUAAGCUAGCUAGUGUUACCUUGGAACUCACAAAAUAUCAAAAUGAUAUUGCAUCAAGAAAUUGUACUGAAUAUGAAUUGAAUGAACUGAAAAAGACACUUAGGUCAAAUGAAAAAUAUAUUGAAGAACUAACAAGUAAUUUAAGAAAAAAACAAAUUGAAAUUAAUUUGUUAGAAAAUGAUCAAGUUAAAAUUAAUACUGCAAACCAAAGAAUUAAAUGCUUAGAAAAUGAAUUAGCUUCAUUACAAGAAAGUUCUAUGGUAGUAAAUGCUCAAAGAGAAAAAUUAAAACGUUUUAAUUCAAUGGAAAAUGAACUUAUUUCAUUGAGAGAAGAAGUAGCUACCUACAGAAAUGAUGUUAAGCAAACUGAAAUUUUGGAAAACAAAGUUGCUACUCUUGAGAGUAAAUUAAAUAAAUAUGAGUUAAUUGAAACAGAAGCAAUGCAAUUACGAUCAAAUUUAGCUGUAAGUGAAGAUCGUCUUAAAAAAUGGGUAGAUGUUUGUUUAGGAAUUUGUGAGAAUAUCACUGAAAGUCAGUGCUAUCCUGAAUAUUUACGCUAUUAUGUUGAUAAUAUUAAAAAAAAAGAUUUAAAUCUUGUUAAUGAAAAAGGAGAAUUGCACAGCAGCAUUGCUCGAUUAGAAUUAAAAGUGGGACAGCUUGAAAAUGAAUUAAGUAAAGCAAAAGAACAAAUAGCAGUGGCAACAAAUAAUAAUAAUAAAAUGGAAAUGACUAUAAAACGUAUAAAGAAACAGUUGUACAUGAUUACAUGGGAACGCAAUGAUUUAAGAGACUUGAUUGAUUCAUUUCAAAAAGAAGUUACUAUUGUUGGCAAUAUGAAUGGAGAAGAUACUAAAAUGGAAGUGUUGGAAAAAGCUAUAAGUGGUUAUAAAACUCGUAUGACUCAAAUUGAGACUGAUCCAUCUUUGUAUGCUCCUACUGAUAAUGAUAAACGUUGGAUUGAAGAAAAAAAUAAACUUUUAAAAGAAAAAGAAGAGCUCGUUGUUAAGUGUAAACAAUUAGAAGAGAAAUGUAUUGAGUUUAAAGACCAAAUAGAUCAUAGAGCAUUAAAAGGAGAUUUUAACUUACGAGAAACUAAAAUUUUACACUUCAAAAUGAAUCCGGCAUCAGAAGGAUUUACUCAUCACCAAAAUGAAUUAGCCAAAGCUAAACAAGAAAUAGAAAAAUUAAAAGAACGCAUUAAAGCUAUGCAAGAAGGUAUUUCUAUGAAUCUUACUCAAGUAGUUGAUACCAGAGUAGAAACAAAUUCAUCACAAGAAGUAGAAGUACUCAGAGAAAAAUUAAAAUCUCAAGAAAUACAAAACCAAAGACUACGAGAAGUUUUUAAAAAAAGUAGUCAAGAAUUUAGAGAAUCUGUAUAUACAUUACUUGGUUAUAAAGUCGAUGGACUUCAAAAUAACAUGUAUAGGUUGACUAGUCAAUUUGCUUUUCAUGAGGAAGACAACUUAAUGUUUCAAUUAAAUGAAGGUUCUAUGCAUUUACUUGAAACUUCAUUUUCAAAAACUAUUGAAGAAAUGAUAAAUUUACAUCUUGGUCAACAACGUUCAAUACCUGUUUUGUUAUCAAGUUUGACUAUUGACUUAUUUAAUAAGCAAAGUAUGAUUAUGACUGCAGAUUCAACCAGACUUGAAUCCGUCACUAAUUAGACUGGAAAUUUAACAUAAUAUAAAUAAGAUUUUUUUUUUUUAUUGAAUUCAUGUUUUUUCCAAUAUAUUCAUGUAUUCUGAUU